ACUAACAGCCUCCAUUAAUUAAACCGUAUUUAAGUAAUUACUUUGGUUUUGUUUUCUCUUCUUUCUUUGAAGAAAAAAAAUCCCUUUUAAAAAUGAAAAAAAACUAUUCACAUCCAAGUUACCACUUGCUAAUGUGUUUUUCUACCUUGUUUUACCGAUAGCUAUUUCAUGGUGAAUUAAAUUUUUAUCUUAUCAAACAAUAAGAUAUUAUAUAUUGAUUCUUUCUUAAGAUUUUAAGGAGAAUUCGAUAGAGAUUAAGUGAUUGGGAGAAUUAUAUUUUUUUAAUUAAUAUUUGGAGGCAUUUUAAAAAUGUAUUUGUUUUGAAAAAAAUAUCAAAUUGAUUUUUUUUCCAAUAAUUUUAAUAUAUUGAUAUGAAAAAUAAAAUAAAACAAUAUUUCAAUACGAUUUUAAAUAAAAAAAACUUUUAAAAAACAUCUUAUACAACAAUUAAAAAAAACACGUCCAAAAAGCAAACAAUCGGCUCAAAUCUAACUACAGUUAAUGCCAUGGUCUAAACUUCAUAUCAUCCCCUAUCGGUCGUUUUUCGGGCAUCUUCGCUCGGUUUCGUGGAGAUGGCUAUCUUUCUUCAAAAAUAAAUAUUUUGUCUCUCUCUCUCUCUCUCGCUCACUCUUCCUCUCUUACCCUAUUUCAUCAGAUACCACGCAAUUCAAUGGAAGCUCCAUCUAAACUUGUUGGGGGUCAAGCUGUCCAACCAUCAGCUGCUGAAACUAAGAAAGCAACGAGACGAUGGAUGAAGGACACUGAGAGACAGUUCAAAAGGCUGAAAGCAGACUGUGCUGAGUUUGUGAAAAGAUCAGAAACCUCCUCCAAAGAAAUGCUGGAUCGCUUGAAAAACAAAUUGGAGCAAGCUAGAGAAGCUAAAAGGCUAGAGGAGCAAAAAGUUGAACAACAAAAACUUAUGAUCAACACGCUUCAGCAACUUUUGCAGCUUCCAUUUGAAAUGACUGAAUUUGGCACUGGAGCGACAGGGCUACCUGUUCAUCAUCCACCAGAAGCCCCGGCCAUUGAAGAGUCAUUGGGGCUGCUUCAAUCACAUCUCCCUCAAGGAUUGGCACAUGGGAACAAUGUUGAGCAGCCUGCCUUAACCUAUGAUGGUGAUCUGCCCGUUAGUCUUAAUCACUUGAACAACACUGAUCCGUCGAGAACGGCAAUGGCGUCGGGUAGCUCGCCGAUGCAAGGGUCACUUGCUCCUCAAGGGCAGGGGAACAAUAGUGAGCAGCCCGCCUCAGCUAAUGAUGAUCAGUUCCCUGAUGUUCACUCAUCAAACUAAAGAUGAAUAAACGGCGGCUUAUAAGCAGGCAAUAACAUUGACGUUUAAGUUAUGAGUGCCGGAAUGUACUAAAAGUAAUGUUUUUAUUUUUCAGAAUCAUCCGUGUGUGUUUUAAGAAGAUAUUGGGGUGGCAGUUGCUUUUUCUUUUUAUCAGAGCAUGAAUUGUCGAUUCCUCUCUUGGAUAGAAAGGACCUUUGUUGUUUCAAUUUCUAACUAGGAAUGUAGGAUUUACGUUUUUUGGUUGCAUGUAUGGAAUUGUAGUGUAAAAUUUUUUUUUAAUAGUAUUUUUGAUUUAAUAUAUUUUUAAAUGACAAA